CCGCGUCCACGCUUGUCGGUCUAUCAUUUUGCUAUUUCCCGUAAAUGCGUGCCCCCGUCGUUACCCAACAGUACUCGCGGAACCUCUUCUCCUCAGUACCUCCAACCCCAUUCCCCUCCAAAGCCAUGAAAGAAGCGGCAGAUGAAGAACCCAUCAAUCCACUGCUCACAGACAUACACCACCAGCUCCAAUCCCUCUCACAAUCCACUACCCAUGUCCAAAUCUUGAAGGGCAAAUGGUCUCUCAUAACUACCAAGCUUAUCACUCUACAAAAUCGCCUCUCCGACCUCUCUAUUCCCGCCGCCGCCGCAGAAAACCCUCUUUCUGCUGACCUUCUCCGCUCCCUCUCCGCCACCUGCUCCGCCGCCUCAUCUCUUGCCUCUGUCUGCCUUUCACCCACUCCCCCGGGUGGCAAGCUCAAAACCCAGAGCGAGGUGGACUCUUUAUCUGCCAAGCUCGAUGCCCACAUCAACGACCUUGAGGUACUCUUCAAGAGUGGUGUUCUCUCGGAGAACGCCGCCGUUUCAUUGCCGGCAAUUGUCUCCUCCAGUAAAAGGGAAUCGGUCCGGGUGGAGGCCCGAAAUUUGAUGACCCGGCUGCAGAUCGGGUCAACCGAGUCGAAGAGCAUGGCCCUCGAUUUGCUUCUAGGGCUAUUGCAGGAAGAUGAUAAGAACGUGUUAAUUGCGGUGGCGCAGGGGAUAGUUCCGGUACUUGUUCACUUGCUGGAUUCCAGCUGUUCGUCUGAAAUUAAGGAAAAAACAGUCACUGCGAUUGCAAAAAUCUCGACUGUGGAGUCUAGCAAGCAUGUUUUGAUUGCUGAGGGUUUGGUGUUGCUGAAUAAUUUGCUGCGGGUGCUUGAAUCCGGAAGCGUCUUCGCGAAAGAAAAAUCGUGCAUUGCCCUGAAAGUUUUGAGUAAUUCAAAGGAAAACGCUAGGGCAAUUGGGUCCAGAGGUGGCGUUUCGUCAUUGUUAGAAAUUUGUCAAGAAGGGACGCCAAAUUCUCAGGCUUUGGCAGCUGGGGUUUUGCGGAAUUUAGCUGUUUUUGAAGAAAUUAAAGAGAAUUUUAUCGAAGAAAAUGCAGUCCUGACGUUAUUAGGAUUGUGUAAUUCGGGUACUGCACUGGCGCAAGAGAAUUCAAUUGGGUGUUUGUGUAAUUUGGUGUCGGGAGAUGAUGAUCUGAAAUUGCUCGUCGCAAGAGAAGGUGGAAUUGAGAGUGUGAAAAGUUUCUGGGAUUCUGCUCCUACUGCUCAAAACCUUGAGGUGGUUGUUCAGAUGGUGAAGACAUUCGCCUCGUGCCCGAAUAUUGCCGAGUUUCUUGUCGCAAAUGGUUUCCUCCACCGCAUCGUUGGUUUGUUGAAUUGUGCAGUUCUAGGAGUGAGAAUUUUAGCUGCAGAAGCAUUGUAUGAUUUGGCCUACAACAAUAAAACAAGAAAGGAAUUGGGUGAAAUGGGAUGCAUUCAUCUCUUGGUGAGCAUGUUAGAAGGUAAGGCCAUUGAGGAGAAGGAGGCUGCGGCAAAAGUUCUAUCAUUGCUCAUGAAUUAUGCUGGAAACCGGAGAAUUUUCAGGAAGGAAGAAAAGGGAAUACUUUCUGCAGUUCAACUCUUGGAUCCAUUAUUGAGAAACUUGGAUAAGAAGUAUUUUGUGUCCAUAUUAGCGUCGGUUGUGCAUUCCAAGAAAUGCCGGAAACAAAUGGUGGCGGCUGGGGCACGUGGUUAUUUGCAGAAGCUUGUCGAGUCGGAUGUUGAGGGUGCUAAGAGGCUGCUCGACAGUCUUGGCAGGGGCAAGCUAUGGGGAGUCUUUGUUAGGCCUUAAGUUGAGAAACGUAGAAGCGGUGACAGGGUCUGGAUACUGUUAAUCUGUAUGUACAAUAAUUUGUCUAUUAUUUUUUCUUUGUAUUUUUCUAUAUUUAUUUGUUUAGUUUCCAGUUUCCACAUUGUUUAUAAGCUGUGGUAGAGAAGUAAAUGUUGUUAUGGUCUAAAUGCUGAUGAAAGGUUGUGUUUUAGAGCCAUUUUUUUCUCAGUUUGGUGACCUAACCUGA